AUGGGUCAAACUCUUAGCGAACCUGUUACUACGAAAGAAACAGCAUCAUGUGCAAAUUCGUUAUAUAAAGUUGGAAGUUCCUGUAUGCAAGGAUGGAGGAUAAAUAUGGAGGAUGCUCAUACGCACCUUCUGGCAGUUCCAGACGACAAUAAGGCAGCGUUUUUCGCUGUGUAUGACGGCCACGGUGGCUCGAAAGUUUCACAAUAUGCUGGAAUUCAUUUACACAAACUUAUUGUUACCAAGUGUUUUUCAGUCGAAGGAAACAUUGAGGAAGGAAUCAAACAGGGUUUCCUUGCUAUUGACGAAAAAAUGAAAGCAGAUGAAACGAUGAAGGACGAUGUUUCUGGCGCGACAGCUGUGGUAGUAAUAAUCAAGGAGAAUAAAAUUUAUUGUGGUAACGUUGGUGAUUCAAGAGCAGUAGCUUGUGUAUCUGGUGUCGCUAAACCAUUGAGCUUUGAUCACAAGCCAGCUAAUGAUGACGAGUCUCGGAGAAUAAAUGCUGCUGGAGGAUGGGUAGAGUUUAAUCGGGUUAAUGGGAAUUUAGCUUUAUCGAGAGCUUUAGGUGAUUUUGCCUUUAAGUGUAAUUUGGAAAAAUCUCCCGAGGAACAAAUUGUUACUGCUUGUCCUGAUGUAACAGUUGAAGAAUUAACUCCAGAUCAUGAGUUCAUUAUCCUUGCUUGUGACGGGAUAUGGGAUGUUAUGUCAAAUCAGGAAGUCGUCGACUUUUGCAGAACCCUUUUAGCUUAUGGUCGGGAACCUGAGGAGGUCUGCGAGGAACUACUAUCUCAUUGUCUCGCUCCUGAUUGCCAAAUGGGUGGUAUUGGCUGUGAUAACAUGACUGCUGUUCUGGUGUGUUUGUUGCAAAACCAUAGCUACGCAGAUUUUAAAGACCAUUGUGCAACACCUGCUGAAGUGAAAGAAGGCAGUUAUGAAGAUUUUGUCACUCCAGAGAUAUCGCCGGUUGGUCCAACAAGAAUGCGCCCAGAAAGCGUGGAAGGAGGAGAGGAGCCUAAUGACAAGACUGAUCCUAAUAUAUCUGUGAAUCGUUCAGACGUUUUACAACCCUAA